CCGAUCAUCGAUCGUGACAAAAUCUCCGCGUAUACAUCAAUGUAUGGGUUGUUAUGUGUAUACAUAGCAGAUGCGGUGAAACAUCAACUACCGAUCGAAGUGCCAUGCUUGGAAUCAAUUGCGCGCUGCCACAUGUCAUGGCUGUCAACAUUGAAGCUAGAACAGACUGUACUUGCCGAUUGCGAAUCCGGCCACCAUCUCCUCCUGCUUCUUCUUCCCCUUCCCCUUCUCCUCCACCCUCUUCCCCAGAACCCUCCACCCCCAACAAUUUCUUCAUGCCGCAGAGGACUCCACAGUGCCUGACAGUGUCCUCCUGGACCUCUCCGCCUGCAAUCUCCGCCCCCAAAGCACAUGUCACUGGAUGCGACUCACCAUUGUCCAUCCGGCUGUUUUGCGGACCAGGAAAUUUCAGUUGCUAG